AAGAAACGUUAGUUUCCUUGCAAUCUUGUCGAUCGUUACAAUAACAACGCGGAAAAUAUAAUUAAAAUGAAUAAAUUAAGUUUUUUUCUAAUCAUUUGCUGUUUCGCAAUGACUUUUGCCGAGCGCCCCGAUUGGUAUCCCAAAGAUGAACUAGCAGUGGAAGCCAAAUGUCGAGAGGAAAACUCCAUUAGCCCAGAACUCAUGACAAAAAUAUGGUCCAGUAAAAUUGAAGAUACUCCACAAGUUCGAAAAUAUGUAAUGUGCCUAGGCCACAAUAAGAAUUUUUACAAUUCCGAAAUAGGCUUUAAAGCUGACCGUUUAUUGGUGAUAAUGAAAGAAAGAGCAAAUAUGGAUUGUAAGCCAGGAUUUGUUGAAGGAUGCGCAGAGGAGGGCAAAGAUAUAGAACCUGAAGAUGCCAUGCUCUUCAAAAUAAUAAGAUGUGUUAUUGUUGGUGGAGAAGAAAAUUGUAAGAAGGCUGAAUAAUAACAAUAAAAAUAUAAUUAAAUUGAAAAUGGAUUUUGUAGCUAAGAAAACAAAAAUUCCUUCGACCAUUAUGGUCGAAGCCGCUACCGAAAAUUAAAUGGAAUAUUCAGCGAAUUAAGUUUAAUAUGAUUGCUUCGUCAGAUCAGACACCCGAAUAAACUGUUUAGAAAAUAAAGAGCUUCCCACAUGAUUAUACUCUA